AUGAAGGAUUAUGCAAUAUGGAAAAACUCAGAAGAUGGCAAAUAUACCAAUAAGAGUGCAUGGAACAUUGUCAGAAAUCACAGAACAAAGAACUUCAACGUCAGUCACAUUUGGCACAGUUCAGUCCCUUUCAAAUUUUCCUUUAUUUGUUGGAGAUUGUACUUUGGCAAGCUACCUUUCAAUGAUGUAAAGGCAAAGUUUGGGAACCAAGAUGAUAUUGAAUGUUUGUGUUGUAGUACUCUUCAUAUUGGGACUAUACAACAUGUAUUUGUGCAAGGUGAGUCUGCUAUCAAUUUGUGGGAAAAGAUUGGAGCACCUCUUGGUAUCAAACAUCAGAAUAUCUCUAUUAGAAGAGUGCUUCAAUAUGGUGGAGAACCAAACCUAAGAAUGGAGUCAACAAACUCUUACUAUAGAUUUCCCCCACUAUCAUAUGCUGGGAAAUUUGGAAAGCUUGGACUUCUUGUAAAUAUGGUGACAAAAGAAGAUUUUUAUCAAUACAAUAUGGUCAUUCAAUGCAUUCUGAAUAUCAAAGCUGCAAUCAAUAACUCCUUUCCAAAGGUGUCUACUGAUGGAAUUUGGAGCAAUAUGUGUGAUUACAUAGAGAGGUUGAAACCAGUGGUAAAGUGUUUGACAGUAUGUUGGAACAAACCAGAUGAAGGCAAGCUUAAGUUAAAUACAGAUGGAAGUUUUAUCAGAAGCAACAACAAGGCUGGAAUUAGUGGAGUACUUAGAAAUGAUCAGGAUGAUUUCAUUAUGGCCUUUUCACUCUUUGUAGACUGCUUUAGUAGUAACCAUGCAGAAGCUAUGGCAGCAAACUAUGGUAGCAGAUGGUGUAUACAACAUGGACUCAAUAACUUUGACAUUGAGUUGGAUUCUGCUAUUAUCACUAAUAUGAGCAAUCAAAAGGAUACCAACAAUCUCAAGUUGAAGCACAUCAUUCAAGAUACCACUAACACUCUGAGAAAUGCUAAUGCUACAUUCAGUCACUGCUUCAGAGAGGCCAAUCAAGUGGUUGAUUUCUUGGCUAAAAACGCUUCAACUAGUGGCAACUCAAUCAUCUACACAAAUUAUCAAGAUCUGCCCAGAGAAGUUAAAGGCAUCUUACAUUUAGAUAAGCUUCAAAUGCCCAAUUUUAGGAGAAGAUUUGAGAAAUGUAACUUUUUUGUUAGUUAA